AUGGUGUUUGUGAUUCCAACACAGGCCAUGCUGAUCCGUUCGGGCUCACAUACUGCCCAUGACGGCCGGGUCCAUGUUCCUUACCUGGAUGUAUGGCAACGCAAAAUCGAGGGCUAUUCCCUAAUCGAGUUGGUACGUGAGUGCCAGGCUGCUUUCAGCAUAGAACCACCGGUUAUGGCAAAGCCCAAGCAGCCCCUUUCGGUAGAGGCAAGCAUUGCUGGCAGAAGUCAGGAUGCUAGUGCGAGUCCUAUCCGCAAUGUCGAUUCCGUGUCACAAAAGCCAGCGCCUGUGCCGUCACGACCUCCAAAAGCUAUUCCCAACUCAACAGUCUCACCUCCUCAUCCCAAGCGGCCAGAGCGACCAGAAAUACUCGAACACCUGGAGCCUUUUGGAUUUACGCCUGGUACUUUGUCCAAUGAGAGCGCUUCACCAUCAGGCUCAUCCUCCUUACGGACGGACAUCGCAUCAGGAGAGAUAGAGCCGUCAAACAUACCGGCACCUCAACGUCCGAUGAAUCCAGCGCUUUUAGAGCUUCAUGCGAAAGUUUAUGCAAAAGUAUCCUCGCGCGUCACAGAAAUCUUUGCCUCGCACUCGCAAUCAAAGCAACGGCUUCAUUUGCUGCUGGAAGAUCUGGAGCGUGGCACUCCUGCUAUUGAUGAUGAAAUUCGUCGCUUGCGCGCCGUGCGCGACAUUUGCUUAACGAAUGUGCAUCGCCUAACAACGACCAUCGAUGCAGCAAAACGUUGUACUGCUGAGAUGGAAAUGCGACCCGAGCCAGAUGUUGAUCGCAUGCUCUCUGCGACAAGUCUUGUUGAAAACCAGUAUGUAAUUGUUUCUUUGCGCGAGAUGGCUAACGGACACAAACUUUGA